AUGCAAGAAUUAAAUCUACAGUUCCGGACUGAAUUAAAUCUACAGGAACAGGUCCCUGUUCCUGUUUAUCAUCCAACUCCUAGCCAGACGCGGCUAGCAACACAGCUGACAGAAGAGGAACAAAUCAGAAUAGCGCAGAGGAUAGGCCUUAUUCAGCACCUACCUAAAGGAGUCUAUGAUCCUGGAAGAGACGGCUCUGAGAAGAAGAUCAGAGAAUGUGUCAUUUGUAUGAUGGACUUUGUUUAUGGGGACCCCAUCCGAUUUCUGCCGUGCAUGCACAUUUACCACCUGGACUGUAUAGAUGACUGGUUGAUGAGAUCCUUUACCUGUCCUUCCUGCAUGGAGCCAGUGGAUGCAGCACUGCUCUCAUCGUAUGAGACUAACUGAGCCAGGGUUUCUCUACUGAACCUUCAAGGAGACCAUCCAUCUUAUUGGGUUUGAUCCUUUUGUCAUUCAGCCCAAAGAGCCAGGAAUUAGGAAUUAAGAUCAUGCACAAAAUAUACAUUUCCUAAAUAAAAUAAAUAAAAAUUAUUUCCGAAUGGCUGCAAAUAUUGGAAAAAACAUAAUAUUUUAGAGACUAUAGAAAAAGUAGGUUGUUAUUUUUAAUGUAAAGCCUUGACCCACCAUUGUCCUUUAAUGUUUGUUCUUACACUCAUAUGUAGGAAUUGUGUAAAGUGUUACAGCAACUGUAAAUGUUUAAACUGCGUGUAUCCAAUUUUAUUAGCAGCAAAAUAAGAGUAUUUUUUCCUAAAUAAAGUAACCCGUUUUGUUCUGAUUCUUUUCACAA